AUGGCUGGGACAACUCUCCACCUCCGUGCGGAGGACAAGAUUCUCGAGCACAGAUCCGCACUCACUCCGUCGACUACCCGUGCUCUUAUCGACGCCGGCUACAACAUCAAGGUCGAGCGGUCACCUACCUCCGCUCUCCGCAAGCGAAUUUUUCCGGACGAGGAAUUCGAGAAGGCUGGCGCCGAAUUGGUUGCCGAAGGAAGCUGGAUUAAUGCACCCAAGGAUUCAAUCAUCGUGGGUUUGAAGGAGCUUGAUGAGACCAAAGAUUUCCCAUUGGUGCACGACCACGUCACAUUCGCGCAUUGCUUCAAGAACCAAGGAGGUUGGGAGAAGGCUUUGGGAAGGUGGAGUCGUGGUGGGGGUGUUUUAUACGAUUUGGAAUUUCUGCAGGAUGACUCGGGUCGAAGAGUAGCCGCUUUUGGUUAUCAUGCUGGCUUUGCCGGUGCUGCGCUUUCAUUGAAGACCUGGGCCUGGCAGCUCGAGCACCCGGAUGGCACCCCACUUCCAGGUGUCGACGAAUUCACCGGCGGGAAGGGUUAUUAUGUCAAUGAGGAUGAGAUGGUCAAUCAGAUCCGUGCCGAUAUUGAAAGGGGAGCUAAGAUUGCGGGUCGCAAACCACGAGUCCUGAUUAUCGGUGCAUUGGGUCGUUGCGGAAGAGGAGCCGUCGAUGCAUGUGUCAAGGCAGGUUGCGAGGAUAUCCUCCGAUGGGAUAUGGCAGAAACGGCGAAGGGCGGUCCUUUCACCGAAAUUGUCGAAUCCGACAUCUUCAUCAACUGCAUUUAUCUCACUAGCAAGAUCCCUUCAUUUGUCGAUGAGGACAGUCUCAAGAGCCCGAAUCCCCAUUUACAACGUAAACACUCUGAUCGACUUGCCCAACAGACCUUCGAUAAACCUACCCUCCAGCUUAAUUACACCAAUCCUCCUCUCAGCGUGAUAUCAAUCGACCACCUUCCAAGCCUUCUCCCAGCCGAGUCAUCCGAGGCCUUCUCCACAGAUCUCCUACCGUCCAUGCUCGAGAUCAAGAACCGGACCUCCCACCCCGUCUGGCAACGGGCGGAGAAGCUAUACAGAGAGAAGGUGCAAACAUUACCCGCCGAGUUGCAAAAGGUAGAAGUUUAG